CCGUCUCGCUCUCCGUCGAAAAUGUUGGAACCCGUUCUCCGGAGAGAGGGCUGAGACGGUUCGAGCAUGGAAUGUGCAUUGAGAGUUCCUGGAGGUGAUUGUGUCAAAAAUGGGGGCACGCGUUGCACGGUUGUUUAGGGAUUUUAAUUUAGAAAACCGAGUACAUCGUGAGAUUGGGAAGGCAAAACCCGAAGUGGCACCCCGACAUCUGACCCAUAUUGAUUCUGUUCAGAGUACAGAGGUUACUGAGAUCAAUGAUGCCAUCCACAAGAGAAACGACCCCCUCCUGGGGUUGCUGAAGUCGGUGUAUGUGGAAUCAAAGGAUCCUACCGAGGCUCCAAAGGAGGUGACUGAGGAGAACGUGGAGGAGCGCAGGCCACUGAAGUUCAACCUACCGGGGGACCCCUAUGGGAUCGUGGAGCUCACUGAUGUCCCCAAAGGCAAACUGUCUAUUGCUGAGGCCCUAAAAGCUCUUAACAAUCACAAGAAUGCUCCCCAAACGUGGACAUUGGACAAGGUUGCCCAGGAGUACUCUCUUGACUUGAAAGACACUAAAGCACUUCUAGAGCAUUUCAUCCCCUUCGAGGUUAAGAUCAUACCUCCCAAGACAAAGGACGAUUCAAAGCAGAUCAAAGAUACCUAGGACAGAUAUGCAGUAUACCUGGCCUUUCAAGACAUCUAUCAGCCAAGUGAAUUAUUUAUUUAUGUAAAUGUACUAUCGGGUUGUCUGCCUUGCUUCAAGGUUCAGGAUAGGAAUAGAGUAAGUGUGGGAUUAUUUGUUGUUCUGUUACGAAACGAGGGAGACGCAUGAUUUAAACCCAGUACACUACUGUUCAGAGCCAGACGUGUUACCGCCACUCCCAAGAAAACUAGCUUCAUUGUGGGAAUGGUGAUCAGUGUUGUAAAUGGCAAGGUCGUACUACUCUGUAUGAUUUGUGUCAGUCUUUAAUAAAUCUCGAUACAAAUUUUAAUAAUGACAAAAUCAACCAAUUCUAUAAUUGUAUGAAUGAUGCGAUAUUGGCCUGCAAAUCCAUUCAUACUACUUCGCUAAUUACUUUCCUAACAAGGCUUUCAUCCCUGUAUCACAACUGACAGUAAAUUGACUGUCACUUGCUAAUUUGGCAUCUUUAUACAAAUCGCAAUGUACUCUCUUCAAUUUUUCAUUUAUAUGAGCCAAUGUUAUGUAUUUCUGUAAUUCCUAUUAAGAGUGGGAAAACAUUUUGAUGUCGGAUUUUGUUUGUCUUCCGUGGGUAUCCAAGCAAGCACUUGUGUUUUAAGUACUGUAUCAUGAUUAUAUACACUACAUGACCAAAAGUAUGUGGACACCGGCUUGUCAAACAUCUCAUUCCAAAAUCAUUGGCAUUAAUAUGGAGUUGGUUCCCUCUUUGCUGCUAAAACAGCCUUCACUCUUCUGGGAAGGCUUUCCACUAGAUGUUGGAACAUUGCUGCGGGGACUUGCUUCCAUUCAGCCACAAGCAUUAGUGAGGUCGGGCACUGAUGUUGGGCGAUUAGGUUUGGCUCGCAGUUCGCAUUCCAAUUCAUCCCAAAAGUGUUCGAUGGGAUUGAGGUCAGAGCUCUGUGCAGGCCAGUCAAGUUCUUCCAUACCUAUCUCAACAAACCAUUUCUGUAUGGACCUCGCUUUGUGCACGGGGGCAUUGUCAUGCUGAAACAGGAAAGGGCCUUCCCCAAACUAUUGCCGCAAAGUUGGAAGCACAGAAUAAUCUAGAAUGUCAUUGUAUGCUAUAGCGUUAAGAUUCCCUUCUGGAACUAAGGGGCCUAGCCCGAAACAUGAAAAACAGCCCCAGACCAUUAUUCCUCCUCCACCAAACUUUACAGUUGGCACUAUGCAUUCGGGCCGGUAGCGUUCUCCUAGCAUCCGCCAAAACCCUGAUUUGUCUGUCAGACUGCCAGAUGGUGAAGCGUUAUUCUACACUCCAGAGAGUGCUCCAGAGUCCAAUGGUGGCGAGCUUUAUAGCACUCCAGCUGAAGCUUGGCGUUGCGCAUAGUAAUCGUAGGCAUGCUUGGCCAUGGAAACCAAAUUCAAGAAGCUCCGGACGAAAAGUUAUUGUGCUGACAUUGCUUCCAGAGGCAGUUUGGAAGUCGGUGGUGAGUGUUGCAACUCAGGACAGGUGAUUUUUACACGGUUAAGCACUCGCCGGUCCCGUUCUGUGAGCAUGUGUGACCUACCACUUUGCGGCUGAGCCGUUGUUGCUCCUAGACGUUUCCACUUCAAAAUAACAGCACUUACAGUUGACCGUGGCAGCUCUAACAGGGUAGAAAUUUGACGAACUGACUUGUUUGAAAGGUGGCAUCCUAUGACGGUGCCACGUUGAAAGUCACUGAGCUCGUCAGUAAAGCCAUUCUACUGCCAAUGUUUGUCUAUGGAGUUUGCAUGACUGCAAUAUUUCUGCUGGGUUUUACACACUCAACAGUUGCUUGUGUGUAUCAAGAAUGGUCCACCACCCAAAGGACAUCUAGCCAACUUCACACAACUGUGGGAAACAUUGGAGUCCACAUGGGCCAGCAUCCCUGUGGAACGGUUUCGACACCUUGAAAAGUCCAUUGAGGCAUUUCUGAGGGCAAAAGUGGGUUCAACUCAAUAUUAGGAAGGUGUUCCUAAUGUUUUGUACACUCUGUACUUUGCAGGGCCAUUUAUUUCAUAAAAGAAUCAUGAUGAUGCUGUUUACUUUCCGUUGAUGAUGUGGAUUGUUGUGAUGUUUCAUUUAAUAAAUCAAACACAUUAUUUUGAAUUUUUA